AGCAAAGGGCUUGUUACAAGUGAGAAAUGAUUGGAAACGAAUUCAAAAUUAGAUGAAGUGAAUCAAGCCAAAAUGAGAAAACUCCUUGAGUGAGUCUUGAGCCGCUGAAUAACGUGUAAAUACCAUUAAAUCUCCGAUUCGAUUUCCGAUGAAUUCCGAGGGGCAAAUGUCACCUUGAAGUCAGAAUCGGAAGUGUUAUUCCGAGGAGAAAUCAGCAAUAUAAACAAUUAAAGAGUGAGUAGAGAAUAUAUAGGGUUGCUCUUGGCUCGGGGUUACCAGUGCGCUUUGAACCAGUGGGAAAGGUAGUGAGAUAUUAUUGCCAGUGAUAAGCAAAACCCCAAGAAAAUCGGAACAAGAAGAAAAAUAAAAUGGCCAACUCCCCGUACGCUGUUAAAUCUUCUAGAACGGUGAUUAUUGGAGUAGAUGACAGCUGUUUUUCUGAGUACGCAUUUAAUUUUUAUCUGGAUCAUGUGAGAAAGGAAGGUGAUAACAUUGUAUUGGUCCAUGUCCCAGAAUUCCAUGGGGUGAUCCAGGCACCUGCAGUUUUGACUGACCCAGGAGUUGUUAAUGAGCUGCUGAAAGAGGAGGAAAUUCGAACCAGAGACCUGGUUCACAAGUAUUCGGAAAAGAUGAAGCAAUUUGGUCUUGGCGGGAAAAUGAAGCAGAUGACCGGGAAAGUUGGUGAAUCAAUCAUUGAAGUAUCAAAAACGGAAAAAGCCGACUUAAUCAUUGUGGGGACUAGAGGUAUGAGCAAAGUCCGACGAACCUUUCUGGGAAGUGUCAGCGAUUACUGCGUCCACCAUGCGCAUGUGCCAGUUCUCGUCUGCAGGCACAAAGAGUUCGACGCUCAACACGACCGCGUGCACCAUCAUCACCACCAUCGGUGACGUCACCACCGAAGUGUCAUUUCAAAUCUACAUGGAACUGUUUCUUCUACAGCGAUACUUUGUUGAAAUAGUCAUUCAUCGUUUCAUGAUAUGAAUAUCAUGAUCAUAAGUUAUUAUAGAUUUUUAAAAAGCUAUUGGUUGCUAUGUGUCUUGGUUGCCAUUUUAACAGAUGGAAAAAUUUUAAAAAUGCGAUUUUCAGAUACUUUGAAUCUUUAUUGACCAGUAUAAGGAAAAACUAGGACCACCAAUUUGACUAUUCUUAAAAAAACCAUCACACAUUGUCGCCACUUAUGCUAUAAAGAAAUUAUUUAGAAUGUAACAUUGAUGGUUGCCAUAGUAAUACAGUGGAGUGGCACAAAAUUUGUGGGCAAGUCUUGAUUAUUACUGCAAACUUAAGGAAAGACAUGGAAAGUCAAGACUGCCUAUUUUCCUUAUUAUUUGGUUACAUUUAACUUACAUUUACAUAAUUUUCUGAAUAUGUAAUGAAAAUAAAUGAAUAAAAUUACAGCUAUUUAAAAAUUACAGCUACUCAAAAUUUGUUUCAAUGGUAACACAUUUAAUUAUCGUCUUCCCAAAUAGUUUUUAUAAUCCGAAUAAGACAUCGAGUCUUCAACUUUCGAAAAUGCAAUUUUUCAAUCUUCGGAGAAUGUUGCCAUGAUAACCAUGACACCUAGCAACCCAAUUUUACCUGAUAAGUUAAGACUAUCAAAGACUUAUGAUAGAUACUUCUGAGACAUUCUGGGACUUUGUGUACCAGGGCUUCUA